AUGGGCAGUCCCGGCCGUCGUCAGGCUGCCAAGGGGUUUGUUACCACCUCCGGGACGAAGUUCCAACUCGAUGGACAGGACUUCUAUUAUGCAGGCUCCAACGCGUACUAUUUCCCGUUUAGCAAAAACCAAACCGACGUCGAGCUGGGCCUCACGGUAGCAAAGCAGGCGGGCCUAAAGGUAUUUCGCACCUGGGGAUUUAAUGACCGGAACGCCACCUUUAUCGAUGGUGGCCUGCCCGACUAUGGAGGCGAAGGGGCCGGUCCCACCGACGUCGUCUUCCAACGGUGGUCGAAUGGCACGUCCACCAUCGACCUGAAGCCGUUUGACAAGGUGGUCCACGCGGCGGAGCAGACGGGCAUCAAGUUGAUCGUCGCGCUCGUCAACAAUUGGGCUGACUACGGCGGCAUGGACGUCUACACGGUGAACUUGGGCGGCCAAUAUCACGACGACUUUUAUCGAGUGCCCAAGAUCAAGGCCGCCUACAAGCGGUACGUCAAGGAGUUUGUCACGCGGUACCGCCAUUCCCCCGCCAUUAUGGCCUGGGAGCUGGCGAAUGAGCCACGCUGCGAUGCCGACGGCGAGCGAAACCUCCCCCGCAGUCCCGAAGGAUGCACCCCGGAGCUCAUGACCGAGUGGAUCGACGAGAUGAGCACCUACAUCAAGCAGCUGGAUCGUCGCCACCUGGUCACCUGGGGCGGCGAGGGCGGCUUCAACCGCGAGUCGGACGACUGGGCGUACAACGGAGAGAACGGCGGCGACUUUGACGGGGAGUUGGCCCUGCCCAACAUUGACUUCGGGACCUUCCAUUCCUACCCGGACUGGUGGACCAAGACCGUGAAAUGGACGGACAAGUGGGUGCGCGACCAUGCCGAUGCCAUGCACAAGCAAGGCAAGCCGGUCGUCCAUGAGGAAUACGGAUGGCUCACCCCCGAGGCCCGGCGGGAGAAUCUUGGGACCGUUUCCAACAUUACCCGCAUCCAGGCCGUGGGCGGUUGGCAGGCGAUCAGUGUGGAGGAGAAGAUGCCGGACCUGUUUUGGCAAUUCGGGUAUUCAGGGUUCUCCUACGGCAAGAACCAUGACGAUGGUUUCACGAUCUUCCUGGACAGUCCGGAGGCCAAACAGCUAGUGUACCGGCACAGCAAAGCGAUGGACCAGCUGAACCAGCGCUAG